GCAGUGCCUCGCCAGGAGCGCGAGGAGCUGCUACCGCCGCCUCAGUCGCCUCAGUCGCCUCAGGCUCGGUCGCCUCAGGCUCCACCGCCGCCGGGAUCGCCCGUCCCCACCCCCCCAGCCCCGCCCCGGCCGCCCUCCCGCGGGCCGGCCCGCGGGCACGCCCUCUGCCGCGGGACAGGGCUGCCUACAGACAGAGAAGCUCUUCACAUGGUUCCAUGUCGGUGGGCUCCACGACCAAAGCCGGUCCUCCCGUGAAUCGCCAUUUCUGGUUGUGAUGCUCUAGGUCACAACGAGUGUGAACACACGCUAUCUAUGGGCCUGCUCUGACUCGUCCAGCCUGCUUAUGGGGGAAGGUGACACCAUCUGGGCCCCAUCUGUCCUUCCUCACGGCACCCUCGGCACCUUGAGCCACCACCCCCAGCUACAUUUUGGAAGAAAGAUGGAGUCCAAGGUCUCAGAAGGUGGCCUGAACGUGACGCUGACCAUCCGCCUGCUGAUGCACGGAAAGGAAGUUGGCAGCAUCAUCGGGAAGAAAGGAGAGACCGUGAAGAAGAUGCGUGAAGAGAGCGGGGCAAGGAUCAACAUCUCGGAAGGAAACUGCCCAGAAAGAAUCGUGACCAUCACGGGCCCGACAGACGCCAUCUUCAAGGCCUUUGCCAUGAUCGCCUACAAGUUUGAGGAGGACAUCAUUAACUGCAUGAGCAACAGCCCAGCCACCAGCAAGCCCCCGGUGACGCUGAGGUUGGUGGUCCCCGCCAGCCAGUGCGGGUCCCUGAUCGGCAAAGGCGGCUCCAAGAUCAAGGAGAUCAGGGAGUCCACAGGAGCCCAGGUCCAGGUGGCGGGGGACAUGCUGCCCAACUCCACGGAGCGGGCAGUGACCAUCUCGGGGACCCCCGACGCCAUCAUCCAGUGUGUCAAGCAAAUCUGUGUGGUCAUGCUGGAGUCCCCACCGAAAGGUGCCACCAUUCCCUACCGCCCAAAGCCCGCCUCCACCCCUGUCAUUUUUGCAGGUGGUCAGGUAAGAGCCGACCCGCUCUCGGCCUCCACUGCCAACCUCAGCCUUUUACUGCAGCCCCCGCCGCUGCCCGCCUACACGAUCCAGGGACAGUACGCCAUCCCCCACCCAGAUCAGUUGACCAAGCUCCACCAGCUGGCCAUGCAGCAAACCCCCUUUCCUCCCCUCGGACAGACCAACCCCGCUUUCCCCGGAGAAAAGCUGCCUUUACACUCCUCCGAAGAAGCUCAAAAUCUGAUGGGCCAGUCGUCAGGUCUGGACGCCAGCCCCCCAGCCAGCACUCAUGAGCUCACCAUUCCCAAUGAUCUAAUAGGCUGCAUAAUUGGACGCCAGGGGACCAAAAUCAAUGAAAUUCGACAGAUGUCUGGAGCUCAGAUCAAAAUCGCCAAUGCCACAGAGGGGUCAUCAGAGCGCCAGAUCACCAUCACGGGGACCCCGGCCAACAUCAGCCUUGCCCAGUACCUCAUCAACGCCAGGCUGACGUCCGAGGUCACCGGGAUGGGCACGCUCUAACCCCGCCGACGUCCCCACCGCUCGCCACCUGUGCAGACCGCCCACCCCCUUGCAGAUAUAGAGGUUUCUUUACUACAGAAGGUGUCUGUGCCCUAGAGAUGCACCCACAGCGCUCUAUCUGUGUCUGUGAGCCCCCGGCUCCGCCCCGACACUGCUUAAAGUUCACUGACGCCCAUCUCCUCACGCGUUGGCAUGCCGUGUUCAUUAUUUUAAAUGCUUUGGGGCCACUCGCAUCUGUGACGUUUUAGAAACGUUGUUCCUUAGUGUCCGUGUAACUGUUUUAAGACUUGGUUUGACGUUUGGACGGCGCUUCCGGCAGCCGUCCCCUCCAAGCCCCAGGAGCUGUGGCCGCAGGGAGCUGCCCCUCCCCGGUCCCUCGGCCUCGGCUCCCGUGGCCACGCGGGUCAGCGCCAGGUAGGGUGCACGUCUCCCUUUGUCCGAGGGCAGGAGAAAGGAAGGCUCGGGGUCCUGACCCAGGGUGCGGGGCGAAGCGGGGGUGCUGGGCCCCGGGCGUCUUCGGGGCUGAGAGUGGGGACCGGCCGGAGGCGCCUCCGCACCGCGUCCCAGCUCAAUAAACGUUGUGCGCUGCCCCUCG